UGUAGCUCUUUUCCUGUUCAAGAUCACACUUUCUAAAUUUUAGCAGCGGAAUAAUUAUUGUCACUGUUAUAAUGUGUUUACACAACUCAUAUGGUAGUAGUAGCUAUAGUACUAUUUUUACUUUUAUUUACAAUAUAUAUAAAUAUAUAUAAACACAAAAAAUCAUAAUUUAUAAUCUUUUGGUGGAGGAAGGAAUGCUUGUCACCUACUCUUUUUAAAUUCCCAUUUGAACUUAUGCUCUAUAGAGAGAGAGAGAAAUAAGAGUAACCACCCAAACCAAAAGGGUUGUUGAAUUUGAAGUUGGUGUGUUUUGAUAAUGGAAAGACACAAAUGCAAAUUAUGUUCAAGAACAUUUGGUAAUGGAAGAGCACUCGGUGGACACAUGAAGGCUCAUCUUGCUAUAGCUAAGCCUAAAAUACCAUUAAUCACUCAAUCUGCAACUUCAUUCUCAUCAUUUUCAUCUUCAGAAUCCGAACAAGAACAACAACAACAAGAAGAAAAAGCUUUGGUUUAUGUGUUGAGAGAGAAUCCUAAAAUGAGUUACAAAAUUGCAGAUCCUAAAUUUACUGAGUCUUUGAUUGUUGUUCAAGAUAGAGAGAGUGAGACUGAGUCAAAGAACCCUUUAACUCGUCAACGAUCAAAACGAAACAGAAAAAAUAACAUCAACAACAACGAUUUUCAAUCAAAGAAACCAAAGAUGAGUGGUUUCAUCUUUUCAACACCAACACCACCGUUCAAUGAACAAGAACCUGUUAGCUCUGUUUCUAAUACUUCCCCUGAAGAAGAUGUUGCUAUGUGUCUCAUGAUGCUGUCAAGAGACAAAUGGAGUAGAGAGAGAAACAACAUUAACAAUGUGUUUGAAGAACAAGAACAAGAACAAGAAGAAUCAAAGGUUAAGAGAGUUCGUGGGAAACAUUUGUGUGAAAAUUGUGGGAAAACAUUUCGAUCUUCAAGAGCACUGGGUAGUCAUAAAAGUGUUUGUUGUCGCAACCAAGACCAAGUGAAGAAUACUAACAAUGGUGAUAAGAUUUUUGAAUGUCCAUUUUGUUCGAAGGUGUUUGGUUCUGGUCAAGCACUUGGUGGUCACAAGAGAUCUCAUCUCAUUUCUUCCUCGUCUAAUUCCAAUGCUAAUAAUGUUAAUCCUUCGGUUAGUUUCAAAGAAAGUUUCAUAGAUCUCAAUUUGCCUGCUCCACUUGAAGUAGAAGAUGACGAUGACGAUCUUAGUGUUGUUUCUGAUGCCUAAUUGCGAUCAAUUUCUUUGAUCUAUGAAGAAUGGUUUAAUUAAUAUUGGUUAUUUAGCUUUUAAUUUGUUGGUAUUGGAAAAAGUGAUUUUAUUUAUUUUAUUUUAAUUUGAAAGUAUGAAGAAUAUUUGAUUAUGUUUAUUUUGAUAGAUCAAAUGCUUUUUUAUUUCUGUAGUGGUAGAUGAGUAUAAAUUAUUAUUUCAACAACUGAUUGUUAUGUACUAUUAUAGUUACACGAUGAAAUGGUAGUAAAACAGUUGAAGUUUCUACUCCACUUA